UCUGGGGCAUGGGGCCAGCACGUCUAGCCAGCUAGAAGUGCCACGACUUCACAGUAGUCCAGCGAUUGCCCGGCGGAGUUAGGAGGAAGAUAUCAGGGAAAAAGCAAUUUAGCUAGACCGCUGUAAAUACAGAGGAACUGCACACUGCAAUUGUGUUAGGUCCCCGAUUGAAAACUCACGACAAUCCCUCAAUUUUUCUUUGAGCCAAGCAGACACAUUCUCAUCAAUAGCGAGGUGAACUAACAUUGAACAAUGGAUAUCUAUGACCCGCAGACCCUUGGUAUAAUGGUUUUUGGUGGAUUCAUGGUGAUCUCUGCAGUUGGGAUUGCUCUUGUCUCUUCCUUCUCUAUGAAGGAGACCUCUUUUGAAGAGGCACUUGCGAAACAGCGGGGUGAAUCAGGUAAGAUACAAUCAGGUCGCACAGAGAAAAAGAAAAAGGACAAAACAUCUGACAAGAAGAACCGUGGAAAAAAGAAGGAUGAAAAGCCCAAUGGAGUCAUCCCAGAAGCUGAAAAAACCCCAAAUGAGACACAUGACGCUGAUCAAGUCCGUAAACCUCUUGCUGCACCAAUUGUGGCUACUGCUCCUGCCUCCAAAUCUAUCUCUGAGGCAAAGCGAAAUGCAACCUCCAUACCAGCACAGCCACAGUCCAAAGCUGUCAAAACAUGCCAAACUCCUGCUGAGUCCUCACCUGUUCCUUCACCUAAAGACAAAAAGAAGAAGAAAUCGGCCAAGAUUGAAGCAACCUCGACUCAGCCUCCACUUGCAGUUGCCCCUGCACUGGGCAAACCCUCACCAGUUUCUGCUCCAGUCCAGGCCAAGGAAUCUCCCAAAGCCAAAUCAGCGGGUGCCUCUGCCGCAACAAAAUUAGAUCCCUCAACUUCUGUACCUGCCAAGGCAUCCUCUGCUUCAACGUCAAGCAAAUCUACUUCUAAGUCUGCAACACCCUCUACAAAAUCUCCUCCGGCCUCUGAUUACCCUGCCCCUACCUCAACCAAGUCCACACCAACCUCACCAAAGUCCGCCAAGGACAAGUCUGCCCCAGCCACGGACAAGUCCGCCAAGGACAAGUCCGCACCGCCCAAAGACAAGUCCGCCAAGGACAAGUCGGCACCGGCCACGGACAAGUCUGCCAAGGAUAAGUUGGCCCCGGCCACGGACAAGUCUGCCCCGGCCAUGGACAAGUCCGCCAAGGGCAAGUCUGCCGGGGCUACAGACAAGUCCUCCAAGGACAAGUCCGCCAAGGACAAGUCCGCCCCAGCCACAGACAAGUCCUCCAAGGACAAGUUUGCCCCACCCACAGACAAGUCAGCCAAGGACAAGUCCGCCCAGGCCAAGGACAAGUCCGCCCAGGCCAAGGACAAGUCCACCAAGGACAAGUCCACCCCGGCCACGGAUAAGUCCACAAAGGACAAGACCGCCUCAGCCAAGGACAAGACGGCCCCCGCCACGGACAAGACCGCCACGGACAAGACAGCCAAGGACAAGACUGCCAAGGAUAAGUCCGCCAUGGACAAGUCCGGCAAGGACAAGACUGCCCCGGCCACGGACAAGUCUGCCAAGGACAAGACCGCCCCGGCCACGGACAAGUCUGCCAAGGACAAGACCGCCCCGGCCAAGGACAAGCCCGCCAAGGACAAGCCCGCCCCAGCCAAAGACAAGCCUGCCACCCCCACCUCAAGCAAAUCCACUCCUGCCUCUACCAAAUCUGCCCCUUCCUCAGGCAAGUCUGCCUCAGCUGCAUCCAAGUCUGCUGCCGCUCCAACCAAAACCUCAGCAGUACCCACCAAGUCUGCCCCACUUCUUGAAGCUGUCACUAAAGAUGUUCCCGUCAUGGCUGUACCCCCAGUGGGGUCUAGUGCACCAAAAGCCCAGGAGCCCAAGAAGAAGGCCUCCAAGAAAAAAUCUGAGAGUGUGGGAGCCGUGGAUUCAGCUGACACUCCGCUAUAUCUACCCUACAAGACUUUGGUUUCCACUAUCGGCAACAUGGUGUUCAGUGAAGGAGAAGCUCACAAGCUCAUUGACAUGUUGUCUGAGAAAGCUGGCAUCAUUCAGGACACCUGGCACAUGGCUACUCAGAAAGGAGACCCAAUAGCCAUCCUGAAGAAACAAUUGGAGGAGAAGCAAAAACAGCUGGGGGCUCAACAAGAAGACUCCUCUGCAGCAAAGAACCGACUGAGAGAUCUCACUAAGGAGCUGGCCGCCGAGAAGUCCAAAGUGGCCAGUGUCGAGACUAGGCUGAGCUCCCAGCUAAGCAAGAGGGAGCAGGAAAUGAUUGCUUUACAAACUCGCAUGCAGGCCAGCUACCAGGACCAUGUAGCACAAACCCAGAAGCUCAAUGCAAAGAUUGUCAGUCUGCAAGACCAGAUAGAAAAGGGUCCCAAUGCCCAGCUGGCCCGUCUCCAGCAGGAGAACUCCAUUCUCCGUGAUGCUCUCAACCAAGCUACCAGUCAAGCUGAGAGCAAACAAAAUGCAGAGCUAGCCAAAUUGCGUCAGGAAUGUGCAAAGCUAACCAAGGAAGUUGGGGAGAAGACUGAAAUUUUGCAUGCUGAUGAACAUGUGAGGAAAGGGUUGGAGGCUAAGGUGUCUGCCACGGAGAAACAGCUCUCUUUGCUGCAGGCCAACCAUGUAGAGAGCCAGCAAGGGUUGCAGAGGAAAUUGGAGGAGGUCUAUGAGGAGCUGAGAACUACACAAGCUGCAAAAAACAGCCUGCAGGAUUCUUUGAAGAAGGCCCAGCAGGACACCAGCACACUCUCAGAGUUUCAGAUGCGAAUGGGAAAUCUUGAGGCUCAGGUCAAGGAGCGCGCUGCUCAGGUCAAUGCUCUCACUGCUCAGCUGGAGGGCACACAGGUUGAGAAACAACAGCUCGUGCAACAGUUGGCAUCCAUCACCUCUUUGUUAGAGGCCAGUCGGAAUAAAAACGAACAGGCUCCUCAACAGCAGGUAAAUGCUGAGGAACUGCAGCAAUUAAAACUCUGCCUGCAGGAGAGGGAUGACCAGUUGACCACUCUACAGGAGGAACUGAAGCAAUUUCAGAUAAUCGAGGCAGCGCAAUCAGAUGUCUCUGCCGAACAAAUAAAGAGCAGUCUGACAGAGAAGGAAGCCCUCGUCACGUCCCUGCAAGAGCAGCUGAAGGAGUGGAAGCAAAAUGAAGCUGCAAUGAUCCAGUUAAAAGAUUUUCAAAGUGAAGCCAAAGAAUCUCUCCAAAAACUCUUCCCUCUUAUACCCCUUGAAACACAACAGCCAAAUUGGUUGCAGGGUUUUACGAUGAAAGCUCAGGAUGUUCUUAGACAGCAGAGCCAACAAUCCCAGUCAAGAAGUCAGGAGUCACCUGAGUUGCUUGAAAAGUUGAAGGAGGCUGAGGAGAACCACUCUACCAUGCAAGCAGAAUGUGAGCAGUACAGGACGGUUUUAGCUGAAACGGAAGGAAUGCUGAAACAUCUGCAGAAGAGUGUGGAGGAGGAGGAGUUAGUGUGGAAGUCGAAAAUGAUGAGCUCCGAGGAGCAACUGAGAGCAGCUUUGGAGGAAGUACACAAGCUAGAGUCAGAAAAUCAAAGUAUAAAGCAGUUGAAAGAGCAGAUGAUGCUUCUGGAGGCACAGCUGGAGAAGCAGUCAGAUAACCAUUGCCUCGCCGAGGAGGUGGAACAGCUAAGACUGCAGCUGUCUGGCAGUCAGAACCAGCUGGACUUGGCCCACAAGGAGGUCCAGGCGCACAAGGAGGAGCUUGCUCAGGUCAGAGAGCAGCUGAGCCAAGUCGCGUUGAGCAGCCGGCGAGAACAGAACGGCCCCACAGAGGCUCAACCUAGCCAGGUUUUGUCAGAGUUGAAUCAGACAACUGAGAAGCUGCAAGGGGAGACUGCUGCAAGACAGAAUCUGUCAGAAGAGUUUCAGCAGGCCCAAGCAACCAUCACAGAACUUCAAGCUCAACUGGAUCUUCUGAAGGAUUCAGCAGAGUCGCAACAAGGUGACUCAGAAGCUGUUGCUCAGCUCAAGGAACGUCUGGAGAAGGAGAAGAAGUUGUCCAAAGACCUGGGACAGGCAGCCACCAAGCUCCAGCAACUUCUCAAAGCCUCACAGGAGCAGCUGAGUAAAGAGCGAGAGACGGUUGUAACACUACAGGGACACCUAGACGGCAAGGGUGAAUGCGUGGAAUUAAAGGAGGGAACAUCCGUCUGAGAGGAAGAUCAAUGUAUGGAUAUCAAACCAAAUAUGCCUUAUGAAUACCAUAGUUAUGCAUUCCAAAACAAUUUCUUUAUUGAACUGUAGUUUUUUCUAAAAUAAUGCCAGUAAUCAAAUUAUUUGAUAUUAGCAUUAUAUUACUAUAGGAGGCAAUCAUGCUGCAAUCUUGACUGAAAACCCACAUUGCAUCAACAGUUUUGACUAUAGUACUCCUGCCUUUUAGUCCAAAUAUUUGCCCACGGUUCAGUGUUAAAAGGGAAACCGAGUGUACGUUAAACGUACAUCUACCUGUGCAAUUACUUUGUAUGUUUGGUUUUGUUUUUUUCUUUCUGUGCUUUACUGAUGGUAAUACUUCAGUUACAAGUGCUUUGGGCCUGCUUCCCUCCAGAGCGGGCCACCAACCUAAGUUGAAUUUGUAUGGAUGAAUAAACUACAGUGUAACUAUGUAA